ACGAGCUUCGGUGGCUUGGUGUCGAAUAUCCCAUUUCUACGAGGAAGUACACAGCUAGCUACAUAGGACACGUAUUAGGCUUGUUUUUGCGUUAAUACAUUAAUGCAUUCCUGAGACCAGCUAGUUUUUAACGAUGUCUUGGUACAAAAUAAAAAGAUUAAGUAAUUAAAGUAAGGGUAAACAGGGUUCUAAUGACUAUCUUAUGCUACUGAAGUCUACAGGGAGUUCAUUAAAAUCUUUACCGAAUGAAGGACUAGCUUAGCUGCUUGCAGAAGAUAGACGCACUACGUAAUGACAGAUGCUGUUGUUUUAAAUGUACCGGUUAUCCGGCAGCUAUAUCAUUGGGACUGCGGUUUGGCGUGUUCGAGAAUGGUGUUAAAAUAUCUUCAUCCAGUAAGCGAGGAAGAAUUCCAGGAAGCCUGCUGGGAUCUGAAAUUGACGGAAAGCGUGUGGACUAUCGAUCUCGCAUAUCUUAUGCGUCAGCUAGACGUUAAGCAUUGCUUCUGCACGCAGACCUUAGGAGUAGAUAAGGGCUUUAGAAAUCAGUCAUUCUACAAAAAGCAUUUUGACACGGAAGAAGAAAGAGUAAAUGAACUUUUUCUGAAAGCAGAGAGCAAAGGAGUAGUAGUGAAAAAACGUUCUGUAACUGUUCAGGAAAUCCAGGCCCAUCUGCACCAAGGUCAUGUGGCCAUUGUACUGGUUAAUGCUGUAAUGCUGGUGUGUGAACUCUGCUCCACUCCUGUCAAAUACUGCUGCUUUCUCCCUGUGGGCCAGAAGUGCUUCUGUAGGAAACCUGACUACCAGGGUCACUUUGUGGUAGUAUGUGGAUUUAAUCGUACCACUGGAAGCAUCUUCUAUAAUAAUCCAGCCUACUCUGAUCGUGUGUGCUGCACAAGUAUUAGUAAUUUUGAAGAAGCAAGGGUGAGCUAUGGAACAGAUGAGGACAUUCUUUUCAUCUACAAGGAGAGUUGAUCUAAUUCAUUAUGGGGAAUUUGGUUAGCUUGGCUGCAGUUUUGUACCAUAUAGCUGCACUACUGGAAAAUAAUAGGUGGUAUAACUCAUCUCGGGCUUUCAUUUUCAUUCGAGGAGAAAUAAUUCAAGAUGUAUACCACAAAUGGAAAAAGAGUUAGUCUCUGUUGUUCCAAUAAACUCAGGGCCAGGUUAGGUCAUAGACAAAUGAUCGACAAAUGUUCAUUAGCAAGCUACACUAUGUAAGCAUUUCACUCUACAAUAAACAUUUGUAUUAUUCUUUUAGAAUUAAUUGCAGUCUGUUCAUCUGUUUUGUAUGUGACACAAGCUCAAUCUUUGUAUUCAAAAUAUACAUAUUGGAUAAAUGAGCCCAUUUAAGAAGA